UGGGAGGGCAAGGGCGGUUGCUAAGGGGCCGCGCGUAGCGGGCCCGGCGCAGACAGGAGGGAGCUUUUGCGGGGCCUAUAGGGUAACUCUGGUAAUACGUGGAUCCAGACGGUGACAAUUCUACUGAGGACUAGGAAUUCUUUCCAGUUUGAAGAAAAAGUGACAUUGGCUCAAAAUGAGUGCAAUGUUGGAAACCCCUGAGCUGCCAGCGGUGUUUGAUGGGGUGAAGCUAGCUGCGGUUGCUGCUGUUCUGUAUGUUAUUGUUCGCUGCUUGAAUUUAAAAAGCCCAACUGCCCCUCCUGAACUCAUUUACCAGGACUCUGCUUUGGCCCGCUUUCUACUCAAAUCCUGCCCACUUUUGACCAAAGAGUACAUUCCACCCCUAAUCUGGGGAAAGAGCGGACAUAUCCAGACUGCCCUUUAUGGAAAAAUGGGAAGAGUGAGAUCUCCACAUCCGUACGGACUUCGCAAGUACCUCAUGAUGCCAGAUGGAGCAACAGCCACCUUUGAUCUCUUUGAGCCACAGUCUGAGCACUGCAUCGGAGAGGAUGUCACAAUGGUAAUCUGCCCUGGGAUUGCUAACCACAGUGAAAAGCAGUAUAUCCGCACUUUUGUUGACUAUGCGCAAAAAAAUGGGUACAGAUGUGCUGUCCUGAAUCACUUGGGAGCCUUACCAAAUAUUGAGCUCACUUCUCCACGAAUGUUCACAUACGGCUGCACAUGGGAAUUUGGUGCCAUGGUUAAUUACAUCAAGAAGACCUACCCACAGACCCAGCUGGUUGUUGUGGGCUUCAGCCUGGGUGGAAACAUUGUGUGCAAAUACCUGGGAGAGAGCCAAGCCAACCAGGAGCGAGUCCUGUGCUGCGUCAGCGUGUGCCAGGGGUACAGUGCACUGAGGGCACAGGAAACCUUCAUGCAAUGGGAUCAAUGUAGAAGAUUUUAUAACUUCCUCAUGGCAGACAACAUGAAGAAGAUCAUUCUUUCUCACAGGCAAGUUCUUUUUGGAGAUAACAUGAAGAAGCCACAGAGCCUGUCAGAUGCUGAUCUGAGCAAACUGUAUACAGCAACAUCCCUUAUGCAGAUUGAUGAUAACGUUAUGAGGAAGUUCCAUGGCUACAGUUCCCUGAAGGAAUACUACGAAGAAGAAAGUUGCCUGCAAUAUUUGCACAGGAUCUAUGUUCCUCUUCUGUUGGUUAAUGCUGCUGAUGACCCUCUUGUGCAUGAGAGUCUUCUAUCAAUUCCAAGAGCUCUUUCAGAGAAACGGGAAAAUGUCAUGCAUGUGCUGCCCCUUCAUGGAGGCCACCUGGGAUUUUUUGAGGGGUCUGUACUAUUCCCAGAACCUCUUACCUGGAUGGAUAAGCUUGUGGUACAGUAUGCCAAUGCCAUCUGCCAGUGGGAGAAGACAAAGUCUCACUGCUCAGACACAGAGCAGGCGGUAUCUGGCCAGGAGUAAUUGACCCAAAGACUCUGGAUCACUUCAGUAUAUCUCCCCCUUUGGGAACACCUUGUUCCCCCACCUGCUGCUUCAGGUUUCCAUUCUCCUUGAUAUCCUGUGGCUGCAGUUUGAUCACAAUGUUUUCUUCCAAAGUGGAGUUAAAGUAGAGGUUAAUAUUUGGUCAGAGCAUCUUUGCAUAAUAGUCACUUGGGUUUUUAAUUUACUGCUCUGCUUGAAGAUUUAAGUUGCUGACUGUGACUUGUUACAGGGUCAUUGAGCUGAAGACUGCUUGCUUUAAUGUAGCAGAAAUUUCAGAUGUCAAUCUCUUCACAUACUGGUCAAAAACUUGAUCUGCAGCAUUUGUUUAGGUGUAGAUGACAGGGUAAGUGUGACUGUCCUCCUCUGUCCUGGUGCUGGAAAAACCCUGUACCAAGCCACAAGUCAGUAAGUGACUCGGUCUGUAAGCCACUCAAAUGUGGCUUAGAAAAACAGAUGCUUGAGUGCAAGUGGAGUUCCAGCCUUGCACCAUCUCAAGGGAAGCGUUUUAGUUCCUAGGAAUGCACCUGCACAAGCAAAUCAAUUUUUUAAAAUACUUUUCCAUGCUUCAGCUAUCUGUGGUUUGGGGUGUCUUUAUGCUGCAGGCUGGUAAUACCAGUUAAUGUUUCCAUGUGAACAUGUUCACACCAUGACCAGAUCGGUCACCUUCUUGUCAUUUUUGCCUCUUUUUAAAUGUAGUCAUCUUUAGUACUGGAUUUUUUGUUUGACCCAGGGCUUUUUAAAGCUGGCUCUGGCUUCCAAAUGGAAGCCAGUGAUGAAGAAUCUGCAGGAUCUUUCUGUAAGCUCAGUCUGUUUUUAAGAAUAUUGCAUAGAGAAUUACAUACUCUGAUAGGGAUUAAUUUGUUGGGGGGAGAAGGUAUCUAUUUAGAUUUACUCCCCUGAUGUCAGGGUAAAUCAUACCAAAAUUAUUCUCCUUAGCUUUCAAAGCAUCAAAUGGUUUUCAGACACAUGACUUGCCUUACAGUUGAUGGGGAACUGGAUGUGUCUAGCCCUGUGCAAUUAAAAUGAUAUUUUUGUGCGGCUAACUGCUUCCACAUCUAUGUAAAUGCUUUAAGAUUACUGGCUCUAGAGAGACACUGGGCUCUUCCUCGCUUGAAUUCCUUUUCCACACCCAGACAUCCGUUUCUGCUUUUGACGUGCAAAGUGUGAAAGCUGUUCGCAGGAAAGAUGCCUACUCACUUGUGCUUUCCCUCAAGUGGAUGUUACUGUCUCUGCCAAGAUUGUUAUUAAAGACUCUAGUCUAUCCCCUGGAAGGAAAGUUGUCCCAUGACAAUCUGGAGACUGGACCUUUGUGGUCAAAAUCUUUUUUUUACUGGUUGUUCUGUCAAUGUUGUAGUUUCAUUAAUCCAUCCUUAAAACUUCUUUAUCACAGUGUCAGUGAAGUUCUUUUCCUGUCACACUUCCCACAUCAAUUAGCACUUUAUUGCUUCAGCCCUGGUCUGUGUUCCAGGCACUUUAGUGUAUAGCUUAAGGGUGAAACAAGCUGCAAGACUUCAGUCUGGUAAUAUAGGGGAACAAGCCUUCUGGACUGCCCUGUCCCUGAACUUCAGUAGGUUGGACUGGUGGGUUUUUGUUUUAAUACAGCAAUAAUUAACUAUUGUAGCAAAGGUGCAUUAUCAUAUCAGGAAAUUCCUUUAAUUUGCCUUAGGCCAGACACCUUGGCCUGUUACAAUGAACUGUGGAUAUCUGCACAUUCUCCUUGUUAUUAAAUCCAGGUUUCCUUUCUUCAUCAAAAGAUGUGACCAAGUAAGGCAAUAGCAAGACUUGGCCAUGCUUGUGGCUGUUCCUUAAGAACUGUUUUAGGGCAUCAGUUAGCAAGGAAAUUCUUAGCUGAUGGAUAUCUUGUCUCUGUGUUGUUACCCACUCAUUAUAUGGCAUCUGUAUAUCACUAAAAUAUGUCGUAAAAGACAUUUCAGAAUUUUUGCUUAAGUUCAUGUAAUAUUCAGUGGAUAUGACUUAAAUAUCUUCUCACUUCAACAGAAGUAGAGUGUAAACAACACUUGUAUGCAUCAAAUAGCUACAGUAUAAAUUCAGGUGUGUAGAGGGAUAUGGUUUUUAUCUCCAGUGGGUUACAACUUUAUAAAGUGUUUCAACUCUCAUAGUAUACUACAGCUGUAGCUUACACAGGUCAUGGCUGUCUGCCUUGAGGAAACAAAGCUGCCCUUCCUCUGUGUUGGGUCCUUCCUCAAUCCAGCUUUACUGUGCUGAGAUGAGCAUCAUCUUGAGACUGCUCUAGAGGAACAGCAGUUGUCCUGGUACUGAUACUGCUGUUGAAGUGAAGAGCCCAUCAUACGAUCCUACGCGUGGAUACCUAUGAAAGGUCAGUGUGUGUCUGACUUUGAGAGUAAAAUAUCUGCCGCCUUCAACUUGAGAGCCUUAUCAAAAGCAGGGGCUCUCUGCCCAUCUCCCCAAGUGGCUGAAGCACUGCCUUCUUUCCCAGGGACCCAACACUGGCUGAACAAGUCAGUUGUUGACUGGCCCAGAAUGUGGAAGUCAGGAGGGUGAGAAGUGGCUUGGUGCUGUUUGAGAAGGUUAAUGCUGAGGCAACACAAGUGUUUUGUCUCUGUGUUUUUUGGCCAAGUCAUGCCAGUCCCUCUGAAAGCAGAGCAUUGUUCUGGGAGGCUUUUCCUUGGAAAAAAAUUUCCUCCCUCUGUUUUGUAAAGAUCAUUCCUGACAGACCAGGCUUUCAAAUGAGUUUUUUCUGUUUCUGAGGUAUGAGGAAGCUACCUUAUCAAACAUACCUAUGUUUCAAACUGAUUUCACUACAGCAGGUUCCCAGUCAAUGACCUGUUUUUAAGCAGGUGUCCCAAAAUGAGGUGAGCAACUGGGCAAUUCUCAAAGCAGGAGGAGCUGUAGCUUUGUCUAAUCAAAUUGAGAUUUUGCUUGAAAGUUGGAGGGCCUCUUCAAGGAAUAUUCCUUUCUGCCCCACAACCCAAGCCUUCAUACAUCAGAAGUGACGAUGCUGUGGAGUUUCUGGAACUCAGCUACAGAAGUAAUAUGGGUCUCUGUCCUGCUCCUUUGACCUGUUCUUGCAUUUUGCACUUGCAUCUACACCUGUUCAAACCAGUUGUGACAUGGUCAACUAAUUCUAGCCUGUUUGGGAAAGAAGUGCUUUUGUCACGGCUUGUUUGCACAAAAGGCUUCUGAAGCCUGAGGUUCAGCUUACUAAGCUUGCUGUAGGUGGAAGCAGUGAAAAAUCCAUUCUCCCCAUCCCACCCAACUUGCUUCAAAGCAAGGCUCAUGGUGUCAGACUUGCAGCAGUAACUUAGAUCUUGGAAGUGGGAGAAGAGAAAGUUAAGCUGCAGUACAUCUUACCUAAAGAGAAUCCUGUAUUAAAUCUUGCUGCUGACAGUGAGUGGCAGCUGAUACCUAGUGCCAGUGCCCCAAGAUGCAUAGGACUUCGUCCAGUCCUAAUCUGAAAUACUUUUCUCUCCCAAAAUAAGGCAAUACUAGUCUUGUGAUAUGGGCCAGUAGUCUUCAUUUACCCCGUGAACUCAACCUUAAAUGCAAUCUGAAUUUUUAAGUCUUAGAGGUAAAGUUGUCUUUUUCACCUCAUGUCAAGAUGCUUGAGGUUCUUGAAGUGUGCACUUCUAUAUCAUUACGGUGUAGUCUGAUAGUGCAGUUCAAGAUUACAGCUUGACAAAUCUGUUGUGCUCUGUUUAGUUUCAAACCGGGAUUAAAAAAAAGCUUUAGCAGAGCUCUUCCACAGGCAGUCUCAUGUGAUAUACACACCUCUCCAUCACUGGAUGUAAGUAGCACUGGAGCGUAAUCCAUGAGGACUCUCCUACUCAUAUAGCAAGUUGCAGAACUAUUACUGUUUGGUUAGGCUGGUCCAACCAUCUCCUUUGUCAGUGUCUGGAGAGAUCUGAAGCUUGUAGGUGAGCAGCUGGGACUGAACACAAGGAACUUGCAGCUUCUUCUGCAUCAGGUCUGCCAACAUUUCUAAUGAUCACUUGGUUAGCUUCUACACUGAAGGUGUUUUCAGAUGGGUCUGACCAUGUAGUUGCACAGUAAAGACAGACACUUGAACUUCCCUGCAGUCUCUUCCCAAGUGUUUUUCUGUGGUUCCUGAUUAUGAAGAUAUAGGUUACAAAGACAGGGCACUAAGCAAAGAUGUUGGGAACUAUUAGCUCCAGUAUUGAAUCUAGCCAAGCUACCUUUGUGUCAUCUGCCCUGGGUCUGUCACAAGUUCCUAGACCCACAGCCCUUUGACACGUGGUGCCUUGCCCUUCUUCUCCUCCUCCCUUGACAUCAGCAUAUCUAGAGACUUCAGUAACGGCUCUGUCAGAGCUUUUGGGCCUUUGCUUUUUAGUAAAUCAAUUUUCAGACACUAGUAGUGAGACAACUCUGGCAAUGUACACUGUACAAGUGCAGUGACUUAAAGGACCUUUCUGGGCAGCCUACAACUAGCUACAGUCUAUUUUAAGGCUUAAAAUAAUAUAAGCAGUGGAUCAUUUUCAGCUCUGUACUCCUCUAGCAGUAGGGAUUGAGUUGUAGGAGAGUUUGCUUUGCUUAAUAUGUGACUUGUUACCUUACAAUCCCAGAGUUCUUAUCUCUAUUAACUCUCCAGCAGCGUAGCUGGAGGUAGAUUGCCUAAGUGUGACUACAUCUCAAAAGAAAAAGCAGAGUAGCAACUACAGGAUUUAAUUGCCAAAAGUUUAGUCACUGGAAUUUUUUUCCGAGUUUUUCUAGAAGUAUUUUGCCUUUCUGGAGCUUAUUGAAAUUCUUCACAGACUUUUUCAAGGAGACCAGAAAAGGCCCUAGCCUUGUGCUGCAUGUGUAAGUCAUUUGUUGUGAAGAACAUGUCUCUGGCUUGAGUCUUACUCCACCUGUCCUUAUUCCUUUGGUGGGUCUGUUGGUUGCGCAGGUCCUGGAGCCACAGUGACUCAAAGCACUGUCUCCUUUAUGACUUCUGGGUGAAAAGCAAACAGCUCCUCUUAGUGUGAGGACUUGCUGAGUUUUCCUCAGCUUAGAAUGCCUCAGCAACACUGGCCCAAGGAAGGGGUGCUUUGUAACUGUACCCUGUUUAUUGCUGAGAGUGUCUGUUACACCAGUCUGGACCUUCUAAGUUGUUGUUGGAGCUUAGGCUUAAGUGCCAUCAAUGAGUGAAAGCAGUUGCAAGCUUUCUGUGCUGUGGUGGAAGAGCUUCUAGGGUUAUCCUGAACUGUUGCAUUCUGAACAUCUGUGUGCUUUGUUUUGCUGGCUAGUCAAUAGACACAAACACUGCAAUCCAGGGCAGCAUUUAUCAGGUUGGCUCUGCUGGUAUUGAACAGCCUUUUUCAAGUCUUAUUUGAUAACACUUCCCAAAAGCUCCAACCCUGCAUCACUUGUGGAUGAUAAAGGCUUUUCUUUCCUUCUCACCCAAUGGCCUUGCCUAACCCAGGUAGUUUUAAUGCCAGUAAGGAGCCCAGUCCCACAAGGUGGCUCCACACAAAGCCUUUUUGCUUUUGUCUGAAUGACAAGCUUGCAUUGUCUAUCUCUGGUCAUGCAAGAGCUUUGAUUAGAUACAGCACUUUCUCCUAGGAUCUCCACUGUAGCUCUACCGGGGUGUUGACCCUUCUCAUGGUUUCUGCCAACUGGGAAGUCUUCAAAAAAAAAAAAAGCCAAACAAAACCCACUAAUAUUAGAUACAAUCAAACUCUACUGCUUAGCUCAAGUCAGCAUCUUUCCAAAGGAGCAUGUUUUCUCAUUGUGUUACUAGACAGCUUGACCAUAAUUCCCACUGACAGAUCACUAGACAUUUUUCUUGAAAACAACUACUUUUUCUAAAAAUCCCAACCCCAAGAGGUGUGUGGAGACCUCAGGAAGAACAGACCUCUGCCCUUCUCGUUUUGCCCACGCAGGUGUGUUAGAACAGGCUGAGUGACUUCUAAUGUUCUUGGUGAGCAGUUUACUAUGAAAAUAUUUUUCAAAUUGGCAAAAUGAUACUCUAGAAUAAUGUCUAAAUGCUGCCCUGAAAAAGCUUGUAUACUGAGACACCCUCCCUGCUGCCAUGUUCUGAGUCAGAUUCUCUGGAGCUGACAGCUGCAGGGGAGAUGAUUUGCAACUAGCAAUGCAAUUUUUCUAUAUCUGCUGAUGUUUACCUUUAAAAUGAUAUAUAAAUAUAUAUAAAACUGUCUUUGAUUUUUCUUUUUUGUUGUGUGGUGUAAAAUGGAGGUCAUUGCAAAACAAUGUAAUUUUGUUAUCUUUGGUUUAGUGGGAUUUCUUUAUUUAAAAAUAAAGGACUUAUUGAAGUCAGUGCUA